GCCAGGCUGCAAUGCUCUGGGAGACACAGACACAGGCAGUUUCCUGCUUCCCAAAGCAGCUGUGAGUGAGACAAGAGGGGACAGCAGCACCCAGGAGGAAGGCACAGUGAGGCUACUGUCUCUGGCACAGAGGGGCUACUGUCCUUGUGUAGCUUGGGACACAGGCAACCCAUAGCCACCCAGGCUACUGUAACUGCACGGAACAGACUGGGACCCCCUGAUGGUACUUUAAUUGCAGCUAGGGUUAUCUGGAAUAAAAUACCGGCUUUCCUAUAUAUUUAUCUUUUUUCCCCUAUUAAUAAUAUUGGGAUCAACCAUCAUUUUCACCGGCCGGGUGGCAACCCUAAUUGAAGGAAACCGAGAGAGAGAUGCCCCCCAUGGAACUGUAACUAAUGGAAAGUGAGUGAGCCGGAGCCGGUUGAGGUCUCAAUGCUGCCGGACUAACAGAGCAACAAGGAGGCGCCUUAUUCCCAGGAUGAGCGGAGGAGAAGUGCUUUACUGCGGCUGGCUACGAAAAUCUCCCCCAGAGAAGAAGUUGCGCAGAUAUGCAUGGAAGAAGCGCUGGUUCAUUCUCCGCAGUGGGCGGAUGAGCGGGGACCCAGACGUCUUGGAGUAUUAUAAAAAUGACCAUACGAAGAAGCCCAUCCGGGUCAUUAACCUCAGCUGCUGUGAACAAGUGGAUGCCGGUCUGACGUUUAAUAAGAAGGAGCUGCAGGACAGCUACAUCUUCGACAUUAAAACCAAUGAGCGGACCUUCUACCUGGUGGCGGAGACGGAGGAGGAGAUGAACAAGUGGGUCCGGAGCAUCUGUCAGAUCUGUGGGUUUAACCAGUCGGAGGAGAAUGGAGAUUCGUUAAGGAAUAUCCAGUCUCUGAGACACGGCCCCAGGUCUUCUCCGGCAGAGUUCAACAACUCCUCUCACCACCUUCUCAGGGAGAGAAAGUCUUCAGCACCUUCCCAUUCCAGUCAGCCAACUCUGUUUACAUUCGAGUCUCCUUCAAACCAUGCUCACCGGACAUCGUUAUCCACCAGUGCACCUCAGGAUUACCUGUUCCUGCACCAAUGCAUGAGCCAGAAAUCCGAAACCAUGAGAAGCGCCAGUUUUUCCCAAGCCACAAGGUCCUCCUUUUUUAUGAGAAGCGACUCGGCUGUCCAGAAGUUGGUCCAGGGCUACGGGCACUGUUUGAAUGGGAUCAGCGGACAAGUGCAUGGCUUUUAUAGUUUACCCAAGCCGAGACGGCUUAGUUCUGAGCUUAGGGACAGUGCCUACGACCUGCCAAGGAGCUUUGGCUCAGACACGCCCACCAAGUCAAGCCUUUCAGGACUGGAAUCAGAAAACGAGGAUGUUUACUGCUACAAAACUCCCAGCAAUGCUCUGUGUAAAGAGUUUAGGGAACUCUCAACAGAUUCCUAUGAUCUCCCUGGGACCCCUCUUUCUGUUUAUCAGAUCCCAAGAACAUUCACUCUAGACAAGAACCACAAUGCUCUGGGUCUUGCCUCCAAUGACUUGCAUUCCACACCUCCUCCCCGUCCCCCUAAACCAGGACAGGCAGAGACCGUGUGGGGCAGCCCACAGCCGCAGCAUCAUCAUAACGGUGAUAAUAUGGCGGUGGUCAAUCUUCCAAGGAGGAACACUUUACCAGCCAUGGAAAAUAGGCGCCAUCGAGCUUCCUCCUGUGAAGCCUACGACUAUCCUGGUGACUUCAGUGCAGACCAGUCUGUAGAGUCGGUACACGAUGGUUUCAACUCCUAUCUGCAAACCAAAUCCUCGCUUGUACGGUCAGACAGUGCCGAUUCUGAAGAUAACUAUGUUCCCAUGAACCCCGGCUCCUCGUCUCAGUUUAACCCAGAGAAAAUGAAUGACAACGCUCAGAGCGCCUACCUCCCCAUGAGCCCCGGCCCUCAACAGUUUGACUUACUGGGUUCUUCCUCUAACUCACUUCCUGCCCGGAAAGGAAGCACCGCCUCCUUGUGUCCAAGGCCGAGUCGAGUGAGCGAUAUCCAACCCCCGCCUGUGAACCGGAACCUUAAGCCAGAUAGAAAAUCCAAGCCCAUGCCACUAGAUCUGAGGGGUUCGACAAUAAUCGAUGAACUUCCUUUCAAGUCCCCAGUCACCAGGUCUUGGAGCCGACAGCCGCAUUCUAUGAUGUCCAGCUCAUCCCAGUACUGCCGCCCAGUGUCUGCUCAGAGUAUUACAAGCACCAGCUCAGGAGACAGCGAGGAGAAUUACGUAGCCAUGCAAAACCCAGUAUCUGCAUCUCCGGGAACCAGCGGAACCAACAGUCCGGCUCAGAAGAAGAGCACGGGAAGCGUGGAUUACUUAGCCCUCGAUUUCCACCCUGCUUCUCCCAGUCCUCACAGGAAGCCUUCUACUUCAUCGGCAGCAUCUGAUGAGAAGGUGGACUAUGUCCAAGUGGACAAGGAGAAGACUCAAGCCUUACAGAACACCAUGCAGGAGUGGACUGAUGUGCGCCAGUCUUCAGAACCAGCCAAGAGCACAAAGCAGUAGUGGGCCAUACCAUAACAACCAUCUGGACCAUACCAUUACCAUUCAUGGAAUGCUGCUCUGACUCCUCCUUGCAUGACUGUCGCACCACUUUAGAAUGCAGUUUAGGGCUCUGCCUUAAGUUGUUGAUUGUAACUGUGAGCUUUUUGGCACAUGUAGGGGAUGAGAUUGCUGUAGAAUGGCAUAAGGGACCCGAGACCUCCAAAUGGAGGCCAAAGAACAGAAGUUCUAUAGAAGUAGAUUCCUCUGUAACCUAGUGGCACAUACAUAGAUAGAACUAGAAACAAAAAAAUGUCUAAAGAGGUAAAUUAGAUGGUUAGACAUUGGAUCCUGCCAUGUUUUCCAAGGGGUGCUCAGCUGUGAUUUUGUGGGUGCCUAUAUUUGUCCAACUGGUUCCUAAUAGAUUUACCCCCCUAUAAAGUGCAUCCAUGCUCUGGUCAAUGUUUGUUGGGCUACAACUACCAUUCUUGACCCCCACUAUAAGCUCUGUUGGGAGAGCAUGCUGGGAGUUGUAGUUCGACCACAGCUGGUGCUGUGUUAUAAAUCCCAAGUUUAAUUACAUGUCAUACAUUUGGUGUUGAACUGCAGCUUCCUUUACCUUCUGCCUGCCAUGAGGAUGAAAGGAGAUCUGUAUUUGUUAGCCGCUGCUGUUGUUUAGAUGCAGUGAAAUUCUACCGCCCCAGUUUUAUCCUAUAUUUAAGGUCAGUUUUAAAGGCUCCCGCACCAAGGGGAGGAAACUAGUAUUAUAAGUCAGUAACAUGGGCAUCAUGAUGAGAUGUGACUUUAAGCACAUUUUAAGGUUCCCAUGCUCAAGAAAGCCAUGUCCGUUAUUCAGGCAGUUGCAUUUGUCACAAUAAAAAAAGUUUACCCUGUAA